AUGGCUUCUUCUUCUUGUUCUUCUUCCACUACUCCUAAACUUAAGUACAAAGUUUUUCUUAGUUUCCGAGGUGAGGACACCCGGGAAAACUUUACCAGCCAUCUGUAUGCAGCAUUGUGUCAGCAAAAUAUUGCUACUUUUAUUGAUAAUGAACUUAUCAGAGGAUAUCCAAUUGCCCACUCUCUUUCGAAUACAAUCGAACAGUCGAAGAUCUCGGUUGUCAUUUUCUCAGAAAAAUAUGCUUCUUCGAGAUGGUGUCUCAAAGAACUUGAAGAUAUUCUUGCAUGCAAUGGUCCGAUUGUAAUUCCAGUGUUUUAUCAUGUAGCUCCAUCUGAUGUCAGGAAUCAAACUGGCAGUUUUGGGAGAGCAUUUUCAAAGCUUGAAGAACGUUUUAAGGAUGAUUCAGAGAUGUUGCAGAGAUGGAGGACUGCUUUAAGGGAUGCAGCCAACCUAUCUGGUUUUCAUUCAAAAAACUAUAGGCAACUGCAAGAAUCUGAACUUAUCAAAGAUAUUUUGAAGAAAUUGAAUGAUAAGUGCUCAGAAAUUGACAAGAACCUAGUUGGAUUGGAUUUAAAGAUUGAGAAAAUUGAAAAUUUAUUAAGGACUGGUGUUUGCACGCUAGGAAUUUGGGGUAUUGGAGGUAUAGGUAAGACAACUCUUGUUGAUGCUGUAUUCAGAAAAAUCUCUAAACAGAAAGGGCUUGGCCGUGUUCUUAUUGUCUUUGAUGACGUGAGAAAUUUAGAACAAAUGGAUUAUUUAAUGGAAGAUUUUGACUACUCGGACUCCAAAAGUCAAAUAAUCAUAACAACAAGGGAUGAACAAGUCUUAAAAGAAUGUGGAGUGGAUCCCAUACACAUAAUUAAGAUGGAAGAAUUAUCUAAUAGUGAAGCUUGUCAACUUUUGAACCGAUAUGCCUUUGGAGAAAACAGUCCAACAAAAGAUUAUUCUGAGCUAUCGUCAAAGAUAGUACCAUAUGCUGAAGGUGUUCCACUAACUCUUAAAGUUUUAGGUGCCUCUCUAUUAAAGAGGACAAAGCAAGAUUGGGAAAGGGUUCUAAAAAACUUGAAAAAAAAUCCGCCUAAGGAUAUCCAUAGUGUAUUAAAAGUAAGUUAUGAUGAGUUAGAUUACAAUCAUCGAGAAGUAUUUUUAGAUAUUGCAUGCUUCUUGAGAGGGUUUGAAAGAAAUUUGAUAGAAGAAGUCUUGGAUGCCUGUGGCUUUGCCUCACGUAUUUGUAUAAAUGAUCUCAUUGAAAAGUCACUCAUCACUACCUCAUCCAAUAUCAUAACAAUGCAUGAUUUACUUCAAGAAAUGGGUAGUAAAAUUAUUCGUCAAGAAUCUGCUAAUAAUCCCAACGAAUGUAGUAAGUUGUGGGAUCACAAGGAAAUCUAUCCAGCAUUUAAAAAUAAUACGAGUAUGAUGACAUCACCGAUCUUGCCUGCCGAUCGUGCUAGUUCAACCAAUCAACCCGGGACUUGCAUAAGCUUGGAUGUGUCUAAAGCAAGAGAGAUACAUUUACAACCUAAAGCUUUCAACAAGAUGCAUAACCUAAGGUUCUUGGAAGCCUAUGGCUUCACGUGUGGUAACAAGGUAUAUGGUUUUGAAGACUUUAAGUCUGAUUUCUCCGAGCUAAGGUACCUUUGUUGGUAUAAUUAUCCGGCUGAAUCAUUGCCACGAAAUUUUAAUCCAGAGAAUCUUGUUGCACUCUACAUGACUUAUAGCAAACUUAAACGACUUUGGACUGUUAUCAAGUAUUUGAGUCUUGAAAAUUGUUUAAAGCUAGAGAGUCUCCCAGAGAGUGUUGGUGAUUCAGAAAAUCUUCGAAUAGUUAUUCUCUCCAAUUGUUCGAACAUCAAAACAGUUACAUGCAUCCCUUGUGGUGUAGAAGCAUUAUUUUUAGAUGGAACUGCAAUUGAAUAUCUUGGCGGAAACAAUUUUGAGAGUUUGCCGAGGAGUAUCAAAGACGUCUCCAAGUUGUAUAAGCUUGAUUUAAGGAAUUGCCAGAGGUUGAAAUCCUUACCGCAACUUCCAGAUAAGUCACUACGUAUAGAAGCAAAGGGUUGCACAUCACCAGAAGCGGUAUCAGGUUUACCAACUCAAUGCCUAAGUAUGGGGAGACGCAAGGAGGAAAUUAGCUUCAUCAACUGUUCAAUCUGAAACUAGAUUUGACAGAUACUCUGCCAAAUAUUGAGAGAGAUGUAGAUCUAUGGUUUAGCUCUGAAGAAAACACAACAUUGCUGUUAAGGGUUACCCUGCCAAAGGCUUCUAUAUGUUACCCUGGAAGCGAAAUUCCAGAUUGGUUUAUCUUUACAAGUCAGACUGGUUAUAUAGAGUUUCCAUCAGAUUGGCUCAAUGAUGAC